UCUCUUCUGACUGAGAGGCGGACGGAGCUCGAGCGGCCAAAAACUCGCCACCAACUCCGCAGCACCGUCGUCGGGGUGAAGCUCCGCGGGCCGCCGCUGCUCCUCAUUCGCCUGUUUUCCGCCUCCGUUUGGUUGUUGUUUUCUUUGCGGCGCGCGUGCGUGUGUGUGUGUGCGCGUGCGUGCGCGUGUUGUAAGUCAGUCGUGAGCAUGCAAGGCAACGGCCGUCACCGAAACAAGGGAUCGAGGACAACAUGGACAAACGGGAAAUUUACAUUUUACAAAUGCACUUUAUAUUUAUUCAUCCUCGGUGUGGAACUGAAGGGCGGCGCUGCGGGGCCGCUGGACUCUGACGAGUUCGCUUUCUUCAAUGGGGGCCCCAAGGCCUGCCUGGGAGUGCGGGAUCACUCCCUCACCUUGUCGACGUCCUGCGAGGAAGCGAACCAGCGCUGGAAGUGGGUGACCCGGGGUCGCCUGUUCAACCUGGGCUCCUCCCUGUGCCUGGGCGUGACCACUGGGAAUGUCACCUCCAGAUUGGACAAGUCUCCUCUGGGCGUGUACACCUGCGACCGCGAGCCUCCCAGAGUACACUGGACCUGGAACUGUGACCAGGUGUUGGACAACCUUAACAACUACAUUCCCAUACCCACCUUUUGGAACAUGUCCUUAAGCUCCUCUGCUCCAAAUCUCAAGUGGACGCUGCAUGGUGGGGGGCAGGACCUGUGCUCUAAAACAUAUCGCGAGAUCUACACAAUCCAGGGGAACUCUCACGGCCGCCCCUGCUAUCUGCCCUUCCUGUACGACGGCCAGUGGUUCCACAACUGCACGGGCAUCGGGCGCGAGGACGGUCACCUGUGGUGCGCCACCACGCACGACUACGGCAAAGACGAGCGUUGGGGCUUCUGUCCUGUGAAGAGCACUGGCUGCGAGACAUUCUGGGACACGGACCCGCUGACGGACAGCUGUUACCAGUUCAACUUCCAGGCGACGCUGUCGUGGAGCGAGGCGAGGAUCAGCUGCCAGCAACAGGGAGCCGACUUGCUGAGCAUCACCAAGCUGCACGAGCAGACGUACAUCAACGGUUUCCUGACCGGCUACAGUGCUGCUUUGUGGAUUGGCCUCAAUGACCUGGACAUCAAUGGCGGCUGGCAAUGGGCCGACUCCUCACCGCUCAAAUAUCUCAACUGGGAGUCAGAACAACCGAACCAUGCCGAGGAGGAGAACUGUGCUGUGAUAAGAACCGAGUCAUCGGGCCGUUGGCAAAACCGCGAUUGUUCUGAAGCUCUGCCCUACGUUUGUAAGAAGAGGCCCAAUGCCACUCUGGACCCCUUCACCACUGACUCGUGGGCGGAUGAUGAGAAAUAUGAGUGUGACGUGGGCUGGCAGGCCUUCCAGGCCGGCUGCUACAAGUUGACCUCUGAGAAGAUUGACUGGGAUUCAGCUCAGAAGACCUGUCAGAGGAUGGAGGCCAACCUGCUCAGCAUCCACACCCUACCUGAGCUGGAGUUCACCAUCCGCAACCUGAUGAAAGAUAUCGACCAGCUAUGGAUCGGGCUCCAUGACACCGAUAUGCAAAUGGACUUCCAAUGGACUGACCACACGCCCGUCAUCUUCACCUACUGGCACCCCUUUGAACCAAACAACUUCCGCAACACCCAGGAGGAUUGUGUGUCCAUCUGGGGAGCCGAGGGGCGCUGGGAUGACAGCCCGUGUAAUCUGACUCUGCCCUCCAUCUGUAAGAAACCGGGAACAAAGAGUGAAGGGAGUCCACAGCACCAAGACUGCAAACAGGGCUGGAAGUGGCACAGCCCAGCUUGUUACUGGGUGGGAGAGGAUCUGUUUACCUUCGAUGAAGCCAGAAAGUCCUGUGAGGAACAUGGAGCCGCCCUUGUCACCAUCACCAAUAGGUUCGAGCAGGCCUUCGCCAACAGCCUUGUGUUUGGUCGCUCUGGCGACUCGUUCUGGAUCGGGCUGCAUGACCAGGGCAGCCGCGGCUCUUUCCACUGGCUCAGUGGGGAUGAAGUGUCCUACACCAACUGGAACCGGGACCAGCCAGUCAGCGUCCGCGGCGGCUGCGUGUCCAUGGCAACGGGCUUCGCAACAGGUCUGUGGGAGGUGAAGGCGUGCGUGUCCUCAAAGGCGAAAUUCCUCUGCCGUCAAAACCAGGACGCGUCCCUGAGCCCCGAGCCCCCCGUCCCUCAGCCGACCCCCAGCCUCAGCGGCUCCUGCCCCAGCGGCUGGAAGAGCAACAGCAACCUGCACCACUGUUACAAGGUGUUUCACUCUUUCCAGCUGGAGAAGAAGCUGGACUGGCUGCAAGCGCACCUGUCCUGUCGCGGACACGGAGCCAACCUGCUGAGCAUCAGCAGCGCCGAGGAGGAACACUUUGUUGUGCAGAUCCUCCAUGAGGCCUUUGGGGAGUCAGAGGACCACGAGCAGCAGUGGUUCUGGAUUGGACUGAACCGCAGAAACCCAAUGGACAACGGCAGCUGGAAGUGGAGUGAUGGGCUGGUCUUCACAUACCAGAACUUUGGCCGCAGCGAUUACAACUUCAGACAAUGCGCUGCAGUAGACCUGGGCACUAUGACCUGGCUGGCCAUGCAAUGUGACGUUGAGCUGGACUGGAUCUGCAAGAUCCCCAAAGGUAGCGUUGACAAGCAACCAGAAAUCUCUGAAGGCACUUCACCGGAGUGGAUUCCCUUCCAGGAGGCCGAGUAUAAAUUUUUUGACCAACGCACGACUUGGGACCAGGCCCAGAGGAUUUGCUCCUGGAUUGACUCCUCGCUGGCCUCCGUCCACUCCACUGAGGAGGAAGCGUUCCUGGCAAACACUUUGAACAAGAUGGUGAAGGCGAAGGGCGACAGCUGGUGGCUGGGGCUUCACACCUAUGAAAACGAUGGCCGCUUCCGCUGGUCAGACCACUCGGUGCUCAAUUACGUGUUCUGGGCCCUCGGGAGGCCGCACCCGGUCAGCCGGGAUCGCAGAUGUGUCAAAUUGUCUUCCAGCGAAGCUGAGUGGGCUGAUGAAAAAUGCCACUCUGACCUGCCCUACAUAUGCAAGAGAGUGAAUGUUACCGGCACCAUUCCUCCAACUCCAUCGCCCCCCCACUCGCCUUCAGGCUGUCCCGAUGGGUGGUCUUCCCAUCGACACAAGUGUUUCAGAGUUUUUGAUCAGUCACACCGAGUCACAUGGUCUGCAGCCAAGCUGAAAUGUGACACACAGGGAGGUGUACUGGCAGUGGUGUCCAAUCACUUGGAGCAAGCAUUCGUCACAACCCUGCUUCAAAAUGCCAGUGUUGACCUCUGGGUGGCUCUGACAUCAGACUGUAAAGGUCAUUUCCAGUGGGCCAAGGCUAGUUUACUCAGCUACACCAACUGGGCUCCCGGGCAGCCAGUGGACAACAGCGGCCCGCACCACGACAAGGGCCCGGGAAACUGUGUGGUGAUGAUUCAUGGCACCCCCCAGAAGAACACUGGCAUGUGGGCCUCCCGUGCCUGUGAGAUGGAAAGCAAUGGCUUCAUCUGUCAGAGGGCCCAAGAAUCGGGUCUACCGGCGGCCCCGGCUCUCAUCCCUGCUUCCCUGUCGAAGCCAGUAGAGCUGGGUGGGGUGACCUACCGGGUUGUGGAGAAGCGUCUGGACUGGACCGGCGCCCUGCACCUCUGUGAGUCUUUGAAUGGAACCCUUGCCACGGCUAAGGAUCCCUACCAGCAGGCCUAUCUCACGCUGCUGAUCAACAGCCUGCGCCGGCCUGCCUGGAUCGGUAUCUACAAUUACGGAGGCCGCAGCGUCGUGUGGCUGGGUGACGAGGAAGUGUCGUAUUCAAACUGGAACGAUGGGGAGCCCCAUCUCCGGGCUGGAUGCGGUCACAUGACCACUACCGGCCAGUGGACUUUGACUCCCUGCGACGCCAAAUUGGAGGCUGCUAUCUGUCAAAUUAGUGAUGAGCCUGUGCGUCAUGACUGGAUGUACCCCGGCCAGUGCCCCCACUCGUUGGGGGAGUGGUCAUGGGUGUCUUUCAGAAACCACUGUUACGCCUUCAACCUGCAAAGUCUUAGACUGCAGCAGGACGCGCGUGCAUCUUGUGAAAAAGUGGGAGCUGAACUUCUCUCUAUCUUGGAUGAGACGGAGAAUGGAUUCGUGUGGGAACACAUCCAGAGCUAUGCAGAGCAGGCACAUGGAGCUUGGCUGGGCAUCAGUGUGAAAGGUAGAGGACUAGUCUGGAGCGAGGACACACAGAUGUCCUACACCAACUGGGAGACGCACGAUGUGGCCUUCUCUGUUCUGUCUCCGAAUUCCUGCUUCUGGAUCCAGAGCAACAGCGGCCUGUGGAAGCCCGGCUCGUGCAGAAACCGCACACAUGGAGUCAUCUGCAAGCUGCCUCGGACUGUUGAAAAGCCGGUUGUGACAGUGAAGGACAACCACCUGCCCACUCUGAUCGUUGUCAUGGUGACGGGCCUGGUGCUGGUAGCGCUGAUAGUCGGCGGGAUCUACUUGUACCGUCGGCGAACUGUUGGGUCCCAGGGGUCCUACGAGGGGGCCCGCUACAGCCGGACCAACUCCAGCCUGGCGGACCAGGCGGAGAAGAACAUCCUGGUAUCUGACAUGGAGCUGAACGAGCAGGCAGAGUAGCAGGAAGCCAGCCGUACCGAUACCAAACCAGACCCCCGACCCAGACCGUACCCAGGAGAGGCUGAUUCAGAACAGACGUCGUGGCAUUUAUGUUUUUUGUUGUGUCAUUUGAAACCCCAAAAAGUAUUUUGGAAGGGGCUGUGCAGAGCGCAGCAGAUUGGUUUUAAAUUGAAUCCCCGCCUUUUCAAUCCUCUUUUGCCAAGACUUAACCGUUCGACCGAUCUCUCUCCAGACAAAUCAGGUCCAUCCGUAUUUACAGCUUUUCCCUCUGAAGCGUUCAUUCAGGCCACGAACGAAUCUACUGGGAGUUUAAGUUCAUUGCGGCAGCUGGAAAGUUUCAACAUAAAUUGGUUUUAUGAUAUGACUCCUCACCAUCUCCUCUGUUGCCAAUGUCAAUUUUUUGCUCGGUGUAAAUUUCCUUCAGAAAAAAGUACAGCCACGGGUCGACGCUUAACUAAAACCAUUUGUCUCUUAUCUUCUCAAUACAAAGCCACAGUCUUCUAUGGAAACCAAUUCCCUUUUUCUUUUCUUCUGUUUCGCCAUGACAGUAUUUUUUUGGAAGUUGAUAGGUGUCUUUGUUUUUUUUGCAUUUGUGUCCUUCCCAUUGAUCUGUCAUUAUCUGCGCAGCUGUUGGGAACUGUUACUGAUGAUGCAUGCGUGGUGUGUGAGAGUCCGCCUCUCUCCUCCUUUCGGAUCUGACACGUCAGCACCAGCUGGUCGAAGAGCAGAGGACAAAGACGUCCAAAUGUGAAUGUUUGGAGGGUGACAGGGGACUAUAGUUAGUGGUGACCGUCUGAGGACUCGACACUAUUGUGCACAUUACCAACACUGAGUUCUGUUCUCAGUGUUGAAAGCUGGUCUUUAAGUAGACUACAUUGUCUUUUAGGUACUCCAAAGUUUUUUUCACAUCCUGUGGCUCUGCAUACAUUUUGGCACUUUCUUCUAUUAUCUUGAUCUAAGUCAGUUUUUGUCAUCCACUUGCCUUUAGUCAUUCCAAACUUGUGUUUGUUUGGGCUCUUAAUGUACAAUCUGGUGCUGAUUCAACAAUUUUCGGCGGCCAUUCUCCCAAGAUGCACCAUGAAAAGGGGUUUGCAGUUUGAUAUAUGUCUGAUUCAUCAUUUUUAUAGUCACAUUCCCAUUCUCUGUGUUUUAUCUUGGAUAUUAUUCUUUUUUUUUCUCUUUUUAAUGAUGCAGGUUUUAUUAUGUGUUUUUCACUUAAAUAUGAAUGGUAAAGACAUUUGGAAAUGUUUCUACUUUCAAGGGAAUAAUGCCAAAAAUCUAACUAAUUGCCCCACAAAGGAAAAGAUCCCUCAAGUGAAUGAUUUUUGUAUAUAUGAGAGCCAAAGAAUGUUUUAAAAGGGAAUUUACUAUUUUGAAAGAGAACAUUUUUUUUCCUUUGCUACGUCAUUUUACAUUUGCGCAGGGUAAUGAGCACAUUUUUAGUUAACCUGCCUUCAACUCUUCUACUCCUCUGAGUGCAUUUCUUGCUUUCUGCUUGCAGAAAUUCCUGGGAGCUGUUUUAGUCUGAGGCUUUUGGUGUCUCACAGAGCUGUUUUCUUUUUUUUUGCUGCAUGAGUUGGACUGAAGAUCGAGGGGGAAGGGAGGACGAGAAGUGUGUGAGUGAGUUUGUGAUUGUGUGCAGUCUCCAGCUGUGGAAUGUUGAGUCGGCAAGAAGAGCUCAGUGGCACGUCUGGAACCAAUCAGAGAAGGAGUGCUCAGGGACAUGAAGGGUCAGAAAAAAUACAGAAAAAAAAGGAAAACUGGAUGAAGGAGAAAAGGAGGGAGGAGGAGGAGGGAGGGUUUUAGAAAGAGAGGGAGCCUGCAAGCAAAAAAUAGUGUGGCGGCUGUCCCAGGCUUAUCCCGGCCUCUGCUGGCGGGUUCACUGGGAAGGUUUGUGUUUUAUACUCAGAAUGAUGUCAACUGACUGAGGUGAAGAUGUAACAACCAUCGGUUUGGUCCCCAAUGAGAUCGUCUCUGCGACGCAGACUCUCGUCCCUGUGAAGGUUCGCUGAAGCGCCUGUCAGUAUGUUUUUUAAGUUUUUGUGUCAGUUUCAUAUGAAAUGAAUAAAGUCUAUGUUCUCAAAGCU